AUGCCUCGGAGGAAAGCCGCUCAGGCUGACUCUCCCCAUGACCACGAACUGCGGUCUUCGAACAAGCGGGCGCACGACCCCGAUGCCGCCGACUUGACGUCGACCCCUGCGAAGCGGCGGCGUGCCUCGGCGUCUCAAGAGGCGCGCAGUGUCGAGAAAGAGCCGACAGCAGGGACCGAAGAAACGCUUCCAGCCGUCGACGAAGUGGUCCAGUUCAAUCCCGAAACCGAGGCCUCCGCCCAGGACCAAGACGAGUCCGAACCACCAAUCGUCACUCCGCGGAAGCGCGGCCGGCCGCCGAAAGCCUCCAGCACCCCUCGCUCCAAGGCGAACGCGACGUCCACAUUUGCGACGCCAAGCAAGGUCGUCGUCGGCUCACAGGUGCCCACGCCAAGGAGACUGGCGGCGGAUCGGUCGGCUCGCAAGAAGAGCGCGAGGGCCCUCAUCGAGAAUGUGGUGCGCAACGGCGCCGGCGACGAUGAAGCCGACGAUGACGGUGGCGAUACCCUCGUUCGGGAGAUUUACGAGGACAGCGACGACAACGACGACGACGACAAGAGUGGUGAAGGGCUCGACAGUGUGGCCGCGACACCCUCCAAAACGCCCAGGCAGGGACGUCCAAAGAAAGCAAAGUCUCCCACACCGCCUCGGGACCUGCCGCCUCACGAGCUCUACUUUGUCCACAAUAAACCCGGCCGGCCCAAGACCUCGCACAAUACCCUGGGCUCCUUGGCCCUCCUGACCCACGAAGAGUACUUUAACAUUUUGCACGAGCACCAGGAUCGGCACAGCGCCGACGUCGAGUAUCUCGAGGCCUUGCACGCAGAGUCUUUCCCGCAAUGGACCUUUGAGCUCCUCCAGGGCUUCAGCCUCUGCUUGUAUGGCUUCGGCUCGAAGCGCGCACUGCUACGCAAGUUUGCAAGGCAUCUGCAUUCACGAGACCCAGGGGACUUCUUGCGCAAGACGGUCAUUGUCAAUGGCUACUCCCACUCGGCAAACAUGCGAGAGAUUCUCGGCUGCAUCGGGGCCGCCAUCGAUCCCAAGCAGCGAAUCCCCACGUCCACACCGCCAGCCAUGGUGCACAGCAUCAUGACCCUCCUCUCGUCGGUCGACCUAGUCCUCACCGUCAUCAUCAACUCCAUCGACGCCGCGCCCCUGCGCAAGCCAGGCAUGCAGGCCAUCCUCGCCCAGCUCGCCGCCCACCCGCAGGUCAACCUCGUCUGCUCGACCGACACUCCCGACUUCCCCCUGCUCUGGGACGUCGGCGUCCGCUCCGCCUUCAACUUUGCCUUUCACGACUGCACCACGUUUGCGCCCCUGACGGUCGAGCUCGACGUCGUCGACGAGGUGCACGAGCUGCUCGGCCGCAAAGCCCGCCGCGUCAACGGCAGGGACGGCGUCGCCUUUGUCCUGCGCAGCUUGCCCGAGAACGCAAAGAACCUGUUUCGCCUGCUCGUCAGCGAGGUCCUCAUCGCCUUGGAUGAAGAGGGCGGCGCUGCGGGGGACGAGUCCGCCGGCGUCGAGUAUCGCAUGGUGUACAACAAGGCCGUCGAGGAAUUCAUCUGCACGUCCGAGAUGGCUUUUCGGACACUGCUCAAGGAGUUUCACGAUCACCAGAUCAUCACAAGUCGCAAAGACGCCAUCGGGACGGAGCUGCUGAGCGUGCCGUUUUCCAAGGAGGAGUUGGAAGCCAUGCUGGAGGACUUGAUGGCGUGA